GUCCAGCACUGAAGUUCAUACUUAGCCACGAUACCCUUGUCCGCACUUUGCAUAGUUUAACAUUUCACUCGUUUCUCGUCCAUUUUAUCGAAAUUUUCUAGAGUUAUAGAUAUUCACUUGGAACCGCACCCCCCACAUCUCCAAGAAUGGAGGAGCUACUAGCUAAACACCGCAAGGAACAAAAAGAUCUCCAAGCUCGAAUCACCCAGAAGAAAAAGUCUGCCACCAAGAAAACUCGCAAGGGAGUCAACGAUGAGUGUGAGAGGCUUCAGAGAGAGGUCUCCGAGCGACAACAAGCUGAGAUCGCGCAACUUAACGGCGAGCCAGAUCAGCCCGUUGAUGGCUUGGAAGACCUCAGUUUGAACGCGUCUGAUGAAGCUAGCAGCUCACCAGAUCACGAAAAUGCAGAUACCACCACCGAGACAACGUCUUCGCCGCAAAGCCCUCCUUCCACUGCCCCGCAAUCCUCCGGUCCUCGUCCCAAAAAGCCCAAUCGUCAAAAGGCCCGUCUGGCGCGUCGUGCAGCGGAACAAGCAGCCCAGUCAGCGAUUGCGGCGGAGGAGGCCGCAAACCAGACAGAUCAUCGUGGAAAUGAGAAAGAGGUCAUGGAUGGCGUGUUCAAGCGUUUGCAGUUGAAGGAGGUUGAAAUAAACCCUGAUGGACACUGUCUCUUCUCUGCCAUUGCGUGUCAGUUGGACGAGCAAGGAAUCGGUCUGAAACCCGAUCCGAAGAGGAUGAUCCUCCAGCCUCCGACCCAGUCUCGUGUGGAUACAGUGGCGUCCGCAAAACACGACGGGUAUCGGGCAGUUAGAGCUGUCGCCGCGGACUUCAUCAGCGACCAUAAAGACGACUUUGAACCAUUCAUGGAGGAGCCUCUGGAUCAGUACACCAGGAAAAUAAAGUUGACAGCCGAAUGGGGUGGCCAGUUUGAGCUACAAGCGAUUGCGAGGGCAUAUGGCGUUGAGAUCAAUGUCAUCCAGGGCGAUGGAAGAAUCGAAAAGAUCGAACCGGGCGAUGACGUACCAGGUGAAGAGGGAAGCAAACGGGUCAUCUGGUUGGCUUACUACAGACAUACAUACGGACUUGGGGAGCAUUACAACGCACUCUCCAAACAUACAUAGAGAAGCGCAUAAACAAAAGUCAAUCGAACAUCGGGUUAUUGACCAAUUCAGGCAUUGACUCUCACCUCGGAGAUACUUGCCAAUCGCAGGAAUCUCAAUGAGGGCCUUACCUCUGGCGCCAGAUGGAAACUCGAUCCUGAACCUCACCAUUGGAAUUCUUGCCAACUUCGUGCGUCCGAGCAGGUUUCCAAUAAGCCACUCGUUCCAGUCCUCGCUCGCUUGGUUCGCGGAGAGGGUCCAUUCUGCCUCGACCCUGGGCGUCAUACGAGAUCUGCUCUCCGGGAUGGCUGAGGUGCUCCAUGUAAGCCUCCGAGGAGAGACCAAACGGAGGACCCGGAAGCGACGGGUCCUUGUGUCUUGGAUAUUCAAGGCAGAUCAAAUUUCCUCGUGGCGAAGGCGCCAAUAGUUGGGUGUGCCGAAGAGCCCAAUCAGGCCGCAUCGAGGGACUCAGCGCGCAGAAGAAC